AUGUUGGCUAUUGGUGAGUGUGAAUCUGGUACAGGAGCUAAUCAAAUUAGUACAUUGCAUAGACCUGGUGCUAUUCGUUGGAGCUCUCAUUAUGAUUCUAUUAGGAACUUGAUAGACAUGUAUGCAGCAACUUGUAAGAUCCUUGGAAAUCUCAGUGAAAAUGGGCCAAAUGGUACAAUACGUGGGGAAGCUUGUGGUUUAUGCAACAUGAUUAUGAGUUUUGAAUUUGUAUUUGUGUUGUUUUUGAUGGAAAAGAUCUUAGAAACCACUGACAUUCUUUGUCAAGCUCUACAAAAUAAAUCACAAGACAUUGUGAAUGCUUUAAAAUUUGUCUCAACCACAAAAGUCAUCCUUCUAAAAUUUAGAGAAGAUGGUUGGGAUGAAUUUUUUAUGAAAGUAAAGGUUUUUUGUGAACGACAUAAUAUUGAGAUGCCUGAUAUGAGCUGUGGUUAUAAAGUUAAUCGUUAUUGUCAACAACGGGAUCAUGUUACAGUUGAGCAUCAUUAUCACUAUGAUAUUUUUAAUGCUGCAAUAGAUUUUCAAGUGAUGGAACUAAAUUGUAGAUUCAGUGAGGCGACAAUGGAACUUCUUGCUCUUUGUUCAGCUUUGGAUCCUACUGAUUCAUUUAAAAAAUUUAAUAUCGGCGAUAUUUGCAAGCUUGCAUCAAAAUUUUAUCCGGCUGAUUUUACUCAACAAGAAAUUCAUGCUUUGAGAGUUGAAUUGGAGCACUAUCAACUUGACAUAGUUUGUGAUCAUGAGUUUCAACAAAUUUCUACUCUUUCUGGAUUAUAUAGAGAAAUGAUUGUGACUAAAAAGGCUGAGAGUUAUGUUAUGAUUCAGAGAUUGAUUCGACUUGUCUUGACUCUUCCUGUAUCAACUGCAACUGCAGAGAGAGCCUUUUCAUCCAUGAAAUUUCUCAAAAUGGCACGUCGCAACAAGAUGGAUGAUGAUUUACUUUUUGAUUGCAUGAUUCUCUAUAUAGAAUGA